AUUCAGGAAAAGGAAUCCCCCGUUGAGGACCAGCCCUGCCCCAUCCGUCCUCACCAAGAAAUGGUAGCAAGAAAGGUAAUAGUGCUCUUACAGCACCUGCUCCACAACUUCAAUGUGAAGCAGCUUACUACUAAGGAAGACAUGCUGAAGCUUCUCACCAAGAAGUAUGAAGACGACUUCCCUGAGAUCUUCAGGAAAGCCUCUCAGAAGCUCGAAGAUGCCUUUGCAGUGGAAGUGAGGGAAGUCAACUCCAGUAAGCCCUCAUACAACCUCAUCAGCAAGCUGAAGCUCCCCAACAAUGGGAGGAUUCGUGCUGGCAAAGGCUUUCCCAAGACUGCUUUUGUGAUGUGUGUCUUAGGUAUUAUCCUCAUUAGGGGCAAUUGUGCCAGUGAAGAAGACAUCUGGAAAGUCCUGAAGAAGAAGCGAAUCUAUCCAGGAAAGAAGCACCGCAUCUUUGGUGAGCCCCGGAAGCUCCUGACCCAUUAUUUGGUGAAGCUGAAUUACCUGGAGUACAGGCAGGUGGCCGGCAGUGUUCCUCCACGCUAUGAGUUCCUGUGGGGUCCCCAAGCCUAUGCUGAAACAAGCAAGAUGAAAGUCCUGGAAUAUUUGGCCAAGAUAAACCAAACAACACCUAGUGCCAUGGCUGCCAUUUACGAAGAGGCUUUGAAAGAUGACCAAGGACAAACAGAAGCCAGAGAUGAAGAUGACUCUGAUGCCACUGACCAAACUAGUGAAGAUCCCUCAGUAAAAUUACCAGCAAAUCCCACUGUCCCCGUUGACCUUUAAAGUUUUCCUGUCAUUGAGAUAAGGACACAAAGCAUGAAAAAAAGGUUUUCUUGAAAAUAUGAAAUAAUCUUAGAGUUAGUAGGUCAGGACACUGGGAAUAGCAGGGGAUUAGAACACAGUUAAGUCUAGUUUCCUUUAAUUGCAUUCAUUAUGUGGUUUGGUAAAGUUAAAUGCAAUAAAUGUAAUUAAAUAUUUCCCCUGGUUUGUAAAACAAAAGUCAAUAAAAGUCAAAUGUUUAUGAA